AUGCAUCACCGCAAUUUUGAGAGAAAGUCGCACUCCAGUGUAACCACACUGCGAACAAGGAGUGUGGAAACAGUAUUAUCACGCGACUUGUGCUCAAAGGUUGGGAGUACUGUUAAACCACAGCGAGGGUUAGAUUCCCACCAACCUCGGCUUGGUGAUAGUCAAGCAAUGGAACCCCGAUAUUUAAAUUGCAGGAAUUACUUAAAUCCCAACGAACUACAAGUCAAAAGAGCUGCGUGGCUAAAGCAGUAUUUGGCAAAUACUUGUCACGAGUUUUACUACAUUAGUUGUCUGGUUCCACUUCUUGAAAAAGUUCCAAAGAAGGUUGCGAACUGCGAAUGGCACUGCGCAGAUUAUUGUGAUAAUAGUGAUGAAGAAGGUUUCGAGGAACCUGCUGAGUGCUCAAGCGACGAAAUUACAAGUAGAGGACUGCGCCAACGCAAUGAAACUGCCAAGGCUCAGCGUCCUGCUGCAGCUGAGCAGCGCACAAAAGAGAUCUCUGAAUUGAAGAGGUUAUCAUCUCAUUACAAAUAUUGUCGUCUACAGUCCACUAGCGCACUUCUCGCGAGUUUACUAAUCGAUCUCCCACGGACUAGAAAGACGCAAAUCAAAACCAGCCAAUGGCGAGAAAGUAAAUGGAUACGUAGUGUGCGUUUUGCAAAUAGUGGUUCGACGACCAAAAAUGCUUUUUCGGGCGUAAGGGCAAGAUCAUUCCUGGGUGGUCAUUCCCAGAAUUUCUUCGUUUUUCUACGAAUGAGCGUUCUAACUUUCUACACCAAGCAACGCGGCAAUCAGGAAAAUUAUCUUGCUAGCUUUCUAUAAAGCUCUGCGUUGUGUUUCUUUCUAGUUCUACAUUACGCUAUUUCUCCAACUGUCCAACUAUGUACAAUACCGCUUAUAAUUUGUGAACGAUAAAUCACCGCACCCGCUGGAGUUCGCCGAACUUUGGUUGCGACGGCUUAUCUUGCUUCGAAGUGGGCUAAUUCUCGAUCCAAAAGCUCCAUUGAACUCAGCUUAACGAGAUGCUUCCUUUGAUAUAUAGAUUUGUGGGCACGAUAGGAGGCCAAAUAUCAAGGAUCCCUAGAUUAAUGCUCACAGUAGGGUACUCGGAGUAUUUAAUCAUUGUACAACGGACG